AUGAUCAUCCCAGAGUUAGUUUCGAGCACUAUAUCACACAACCGCGAGAUAUUUGGAAUCACGUUGGAAAUGUAUGCAUAUCUGGAGCUCGUCAGCAGAGGCACUUUCAACUCCCUCCCAGGUAGCGAUGGCUUCCUUCCUUCGUCCAUUUCUCGUGUGCUCGACCUGGUUGGCAACUUCGACACCUGCGGUUUCUUGUUUGGCAUCGGGUUCGAUCUGUUCAACCUAUUCCCACGUGUAUGCGACCUGCGCCAAAACCGACUGAUGCAGCGCACAGAAGUAGAAUGUUCUGACCAGACGGUCGUCCAGUAUUACCAAGAGCUCGAGCAAACGAUCCGCAGCUGGCAACCACCGAGGGACCCUCUCGUAGACAAGGAUCCAGAAGACCAAAGCAUGGAUCUCGUAAUGGUUGCGCAGAUGUAUCAACAAGCAAUGUUGAUCUUCCUCCACGCCUCCUUCCACACGGCCACCUCAGAACUCGACGUCCUACAAGCCAAAAUCGCGGGCAUAAUUCCAGAAAUGUUUUGCGUGUUGCGGAUCUUGUCCUCCACAGUCUCCACCACGAUGAUCUGGCCCUUGAUGAUGGUCGGCUCCUUUUUACGCGACAGUGCAAUACAGGAGGAGUUGCGCAUCAUGUUCCGGAAGGACCCAUCACGUUCCAGGAUCUCGAGGUUGGCAGUUCAACUCCUGGAGUGGGUUUGGGAUGAUGAGUCAGCUUUUGGACUGUCAGGGCUCGAUGCUAUGGUCAAACAUCAUGCCGUCGACUUCUGCUUUACCUAG